AUGGAUGGUCGGGACGAACUCAAUAUGGCGCCUAGAGAUCUCUACCAUCUUGUGAAGGGCAAGAGAACCAAAAGACAGAGGCCUCAAUCUCCAAUUCCAAUAUUCCCCAUCACAACACAUGAUUCAUCAAGCAAAGAUAAUUGGAACCACCAUAAUUCGAGCUUUUCGUCCGAGAGCACCACCGCGGAAGAGGAGGACACAGCCAAGUGCCUAAUCCUCUUGGCUCAAGGUCGUCAAUUUUCAUCAAAAAAAGUUGAUCAUAAUGAUGAUGAUGAUCAAGAUUUCAAAUUCAAUAGCAAAAAGAACAUAGAACCAGGCAUAUGUGUCUAUGAAUGCAAGACAUGUAACCGAACUUUUCCUUCAUUUCAAGCACUUGGAGGCCAUAGAGCAAGCCACAAGAAGUCUAAAAUCACGACAGGGUUCGUUUUGUCCGAUGAAGAUCAAGAUCGUGAUCAUUUCUCAUUCAGACCAAAAAACAGUUUGUCUUCUUCUCCAUCUCUUCAAUUGACCAAUCCCACAAACAAGUCUUCCUCUUCAAGGAAAGUUCACGAGUGCUCGUAUUGCGGGGUGAAGUUCACAUCUGGACAGGCCUUGGGAGGCCACAUGAGACGACACCGGGGAGGGCCAGUGUCCACGAAUACAACUUUGUCAUUGAGUUCACUGAGUCCAGCUUCUUUCGAAAAUCAAGAGUCAGACGAAUUAUCAAAGAAGCCGAGAAAUGGUCUGUCUUUGGAUCUAAAUCUUCCGGCCCCAGAAGAUGAUCCUAACCAUACAUUUGCAUUUAACUCAAAGAAACAGCAACAGCAACAAAAAGAAGGAAGCCUUGCUUUGUACACUCCUCCAACAUUGCUCAACUGUCAUUAUUGA